GUCAAGUCUCUUUCAUGCCGUGUUUCUGAGUUUUUUCCUCCUGUGAAAUGGAUCCCAAUUCUCCGGGAAUAAACUUUGUGAAGUGUGCUCAUGAGCAAAUUGCUCAUCUUUGCAAUCUUUGUGACAUAAAAAGAUCUAACUUUUUCACCAAAAAAUUCUGGUGCUCGCACAGAAUUUUAUUUCAGCAGUGCGGUACUUGCACUAACCUUCCAGUGUUCCCUCCCCCUUCAAGUGCUUUUCCACCCUUAGGAGAUAGCAAAAAGGGUAAACAAACUAUCAAUGUUCGCGCUGCAGGACCUCUUCCCUCUCAGAAAAGUGUGAAAAAAGUGGCCUCCCAAAAAAGUGUCACACUAUUACAGUGUGAGCACAAACAGUCGGCUCAUCUCUGCAAAAAAUGCAGUGUUAAGGCAGCUAUUGACUGCAAGUGUAUACACAAAAAAUACCCCUUCAAGUGCUCUAUGUGCAAAGGCUUGCCCUAUAGCCCUGAUGACCUCGAUGCACCCGAAGCUUUCACUGAUUCUGACUCUGACGAAGGGUCAACUGAUCCAGAAGUAGAAUCCAUGGAUUUACAACCCAUCAUUUCAGAUACCCAGUCUUCGGAGUUUCAAGGUGUUAAAACAGAUAACGACAGCUUCCAGGUUGUCACCCGCCACAAGAGAAGGAAAUCUAUCCCUGCAAAUAGGCCACCAGUACCUGCGCUUAAUUUAAGCUCUAAAUUUAAUAUUCUUCAAUCAGAUAAGUCAGUAGAACCAUUGUUAACCCCCCCUCCCAUUUUCAUUUCUCAAAUUCCAAACCCCUUCACCUUUAAAGCAGAAGUAGUAGAUAAAAUAUCUAAAAAUUCAAAACUCAAAAUCAUUAAUAGAACCCAGUUUAAAAUAAUUUUAGAAAAAAUCGAUGAAUAUCGCUCUCUCACUAAGGUCCUCAAGGACAAAAAAAUAGCAUACUUCACCUACCAAAUUAAAGAAGAAAAAGUUACUAGAGUUGUAUGCAGGGGUAUCCCUACGGAUUUUCCUCAAGCUGAGGAAACGAUACGUUCCUGUCUUGAGGAGAAAUACAAGAUACCCGUCAAAAACGUGACUCGCAUGCUCAAAUUUACAGAUAAAUCUCCUCUUCCAUUGCAUUAUGUAGACUUACUUCCUUUUCCAGGCUCUAACGAAAUGAUUUGGCAGGUUAAGGAAAUCUCCAAUUUAAUUGUAAAGUUCGAAAAACCUCAUCAAAGAAAAUCUGUCAUACAGUGUAAAAACUGCCUCUCAUUAGGACAUUCUAAAUCUUACUGUUUUCGUCAACCCAGGUGUGCUAUCUGUUCUGAAUUUCAUCAAACAGGGGAAUGUAAAACCCCUGAUGUACCUACGUGUAUCUUCCCCGUUUGCGCCCUUUGCAAAGAUAACCACUUGGCAACCUAUCAAGGGUGCAAAGUCAAAAAGGAAGUGAGUAAAAAGAGAUUUCCAGUCAAGAGCGAGCCUAAUCAAGGAAAUCUUAAUUCUAACAUUAGAUCAUCAGAUAAGAGCUACAGUUCUGCCCUGAAAGGACCGAGCUCUUCCGAAAACAAAACUCCUCAGCCAGCUGUAUCACUCACGACAACUGAUAACAGCGUUGAUUAUGUCACAGUAAUCAACGAGCUUAAACACCUAGUAACUAAACAAGCAGAGCAGAUUGACAAACUGAUGUCUGUUAUCCUCAAGCUCUUACCUCAACAAGAGGUACAGAUCCCACAAUCAGUCCAACCUUCCCUACAAUCUGAUUCACUAUCUGUGAACUGAUUUAUAAUAGAAUUAAUUCUUUCUUCACAGGCACAGGCGUGAAUACGCCCAGCCUCGCCUCUCCAUACUUAAAAUGGAGAGCUGGGCGCUCACGUACUGAAGUCUUCACCCUUUCCCUUGUUAUCUAGUUGUAAAUUCUUAAUAUUUACUUAUUUUUAUAUUUAUUUUUAUUUUCUUAAUAUUCUUGUUAUUUUGCUCUUUCAGCAGUCUGGGUUUUGUUUUAUCCCACCUCCUUCAUCUAAACCAGGUUUUUUCCCAUUGGAUUUUUUCCCUAGUUAUUUUCAUGUGCAAUUUAUUAAAUUGUACAGCCUAAAAUUCCUCCCUAUCUAAAACUUUCUGUAGAAAAUCUUAAUCUACAAAUUCAAAUGGAUACCUUUUAAACAGAGGUAGUUGUUGUAAUAAUUCUUAAGUGUAUUCUGAAAAGUCAUGUUCUUUCUUUGUACUGAUUUCUUUCUUGACAAUAAAUUAGAUAUAUAUAUGUUGCAAAA